UUUUCUUUUACAUAUAAUUCGACAGUAUAAAUAACGACAAGAAUGUUUAUUUAGGUAGUAGACAUUUAAAUAUCUAUCUUUUCCAUUUUAAUUGACUUAGAGCACGAAAAUACUUCAUGUCGUAGUUUUGACACGAACUUUAGGACAAGUAUACAAACAUUACGAGAUUCUUAAAUUCUCUGAAGUUUUAAUAGAAGUGCUUAAAGGAAAAAAUAAAAUGGCGGAAUCCAGCAUAAUAGAGAAAAUACAAAAACAUACCUUAAAAUUACAAGAUAAACUUAAGAAAAAUGAAGAGAAUUUAAUAAAUCGUAUAUUAAAUUCACCGAAUAAAUCCAACCUUGAUAUCAAUUUUGUAGAUAAUUUAGAUAUUUGUGAAGUGAAAUCAAAAAAGAGAUUAUCAGCCAAACUGAGAUAUUCUAGAUCGAUUGAGGAAGAAGAACAGAAGGCGAACAACGAAAAAUAUGAAUGUAAGCUAUUAUGGACUGUGCAAGAUAAUGUUUUUAGAUCUGAUGUCUCUUGGUUAAAUAAUGGAAUUUUAACGGUUGCUGAGCAUGAUAGAAAUCAAACUAUUUUAAUGGAUAUGAACUCCGCACUUGAACAAAAGAAAAGCAGGAUUGAAGCAAGUAGUAUAGGCGACGAAGAAUUUAAACCAAUUUGCAUAAGUUGCUCCGAAAAUGAAGAUAAUAUUGCGCUCACAGAUGAUUCGCAAAUGAUUAAGAUAUUUUCCCUUGAAAAUGGAAGCUGUUUAACCUCUUGGGGUUCGGAUGUUUUAAUGAGACCGUACGGUAUCUGUCAAGUAUCUCAUGAUCGUUUAGCAAUAACGGAUUCAGAACUCCAUCAUAUGGCUGUACACCACAUCAACGGGCAGAUCAUUUUCUCUUGCGGUAAACGAGGAGAUAAACUGGAAGAGUUCGAUCAUCCUUUAUACAUAUGUUCUUCUCAAACUGGCUUACUCUAUAUAGCUGAUUCAUUUAACGAUUGCAUAAAAGUCGUAGACGAAAAAAGUGGGAAAGUAGUUCAAAAGUAUGCUUGUUCCGGAGAUAAAGAUGGCCAAAUCAAGGAACCAAGGGGCGUGUGUGUUGAUAUUUUUGGAAAUAUUUACGUAGUUGAUUCCGGCAAUGAAAGAAUUUCUAUGUUCGAUAAUAAGGGCGUUUUUAUAAAGCAAGUAUUAAAAGGCAUCCCUUCCGCCUACGCAUGCGCUGUUGGGAAUGGAGGAUUGUUUGCUCUGACUUCAACUGAUGGAAUGCGUGUUUAUAAACUUCCGGUAUGGAUGACUAAUCCUGCUGAAGAUGUAGAAAGUGCUAUUGAAGAAGAAAUGAAGAAUAUGUAUUAUGAAUCUUGAAACUUUGCAGUAAAUAUACCAGUAUUACCCUUUCGCGUAUUCUAUAAUAAGGAAUUUUUUAGAGGAAAUAAAAAGAGACGUAUAAUGCUUUUUCCCUUCUUUGUCUAAAACUUCCCCUUUCAUUCUUUCUAUGCUCUAAGAUUUAAUACAGGAAGAGAAAUACAAAGUAAUAAUCUAUAUAGGGGAUAAUCUAUAAGUGUAGAUAAAGUAUGAUGCGAUUAUAAAGAGAAAUA